GAUGAAGCUCUAACUUCCUCUGUUAAAACCGCUGUGAUAAGUUCAGCAUUGGUUCUAGAUUUCAUUCACUUUCUGAGAUGUCAGCUGCACCAGGACAACCCCCGAGAGAUCCGGAUAAAUAUGAAGUGUCUGCUGCUGCUCUUUGUGCUCUGGUGCUCCAGCCUCUUAGCAGGAGCAAACCACAGCGGAGAUGUAAUUGAUGGCUAUUCCUGCGUGUCUGACUAUUGGCUUACAAUCAGCUGUGUUUUGAACAUCUCUGGAGAUCCUGCUGGACCAAACAGGACGGACUACAAGCUGAAAUUCCGGUGGAAUUUUGGAAAAAAACCGUUCACUUGUCCACUUGUGAUGAUGGAUCAUAGUUACAGCUGUACAGUUGCUGCAGCAAAUAACACACAAAAUCCCCCUCUGUGCUUCUCAGAUAUGGAUAAAUUUAGCAUAGAGCUUUGUUUUGAGUCUCUAUGCCAUACUGUAACAAAGGCAUUUAAGCCAGCAAUGAACAUUCAGCUGAUGCCCCCAUAUGAUGUUGUGGUCCAAAAGACUCCAGAGGCUUUCUUUAUAACCUGGAAAAGUGGCUAUGAAAACCACAGGUACAUUAAGAACCGUCUUCAGUAUGAGCUCUUACUUCAAAACCCUGAUGGCACCGAAAAGGCUUUCACUGACUUUAAAAACAACUCUGCCUCAAUUAGAAGAUCUGGACACGAUAGUGGUAAUGAAGAUUAUUGCAUAAAAGUGAAAUCUCUUCCUGCUGCAAGUGGCUAUGGUGCAAUUUGGAGCAAAUGGAGUCCACUGACAUGUUGGAAGGCAGACACCCAUAAAGAACAAGAAAAUAUAUUACUCAUCUUGAUCAAGUAUGUGGGCCUUGCGUGUGUGGCUGUUGGAGUUCUGCUGUUUUUGUUCUACAGCCCUGCUGUAAGAAUGAGGAUUAAAACUCUGGCUCACACGCCGUCCCCAGCCCCUUUCUUCCAGCCUCUGUUUCAAGAACAUAAAGGCAAUUUCCAGGAAUGGAUUUCACCUCAAGGCAGUGUUAUAUUACAACUCAAGACAGAGGAGAUGAUCAAAGCAGAUGCUUUGAUCAUUGUGCCAAAACCCAUCACAAAGGACGAGGCAGAGGACCAGGACCUCCAGGACUCCUUGUUAACCCAAAUGAUGUUCACUCAAUGUCAGAGUUCUUAUGUUGGCUUACCUGGGAUGAAUGGGACCCCCCUUCAUGUAAAUGUAAAUUGUCUAGAGGACACCCCUUACACUCAGCUUCCCUUCUCCGGCCCGCAGUUUGGUUUUGGAAAGGCGGUUGCUGUCAGCGUGCCGCCUGAAAACGUCUUGGACAUCAGCUGUGCCGACUCGGGCUGCGGCUGUGAGGAUCCGAGCCAAAGCCCAGAGUGCAGCCAGCCAAACAGUCCUCUGCACUCAAGUCCCCCGCAGUUCUUGUGUACCGAUUACUGCGUUCUCAACAAAACAGCAGCAGGCAUCAUUCCCAUUUUGAUAAGCCAGGCAAGCAGCGUAAAUGUUGCACCUGAGUCCCUGCAGAAGGAUGAGAGCUAAAUAUCAGAAAUGAUCCUGUCAGCUGAUUUAUGGGAAGAGAAACGCCUAAGACUCACAACACUGGUGAAAGCAGGCGAGGCACUGGAUAGGACAGGUUCAAAAUCAGACAUCCGCACUGUGAUACACACACACACACACACACACACACACACACACACACACACACACAAACUUUGCUGUGGAUAUAUUCCAGUUGGUGCUGUCCUUAUAACUAGAAUUAAGAUGAGGUAUGCUGUACUGUUCACGCUCCUUGUAACUUUAUGUUUUUCCACGACUGAUGAAUGUAUUUCACUGAAUGUAUUUCAAAAGAUAAUGUGACUUGACAGAAUACAACACAGCACAACACAACAUCUGUCUAUCUGUCUAGCUAUCUAGUUUGCGAGCUAGGUAGGAGUCCAUUACUCA